AUGCGUGAGUUCAAAGGAAAGGUGGAUCAGAGUGGAGAUGGCCUUGUAAGCAGCCCGGUACUGAAGACUCCUACGACUCAGCUGAACAAGAUCGUGGGAGACUCCGCCUUGCUUCCUGUACAUAUAACCUCAGCCAAUACCGUGUCCAUCGUUAAAUGGAUAUUCCACCCUCGAAAAGGUGAGGCAAACGACCUCGGACGAUUCAGCGAUGGGAAAUGGGUGCGGUGGAAUACGAGCGACAGUUUUGGGCAGCGUCUGGAUACAGCUGAUGGCUCCACGCUGAAGAUAAGCAACUUGGUGUUGAAGGACAGUGGGGUCUACAAGGCUCAUGUGACGUUUUCCACAGGAGUGACAGAAACACACACGUUCGGCCUCGCUGUCUAUGAGCCAGUGCUGGAGCCGCAGAUCACCCCUGAACUGAUCUCCAGAACGCCUGAUGGCUGCAAUGUAACCCUGCAGUGCCAGGCAUCAGGACAGGGAGACUUGCAUGUCUCCUGGAAAAGAGGGAAUCCUCUCAGAGCCCUAGACGAGAGCCCAGGCUGGUACCAACUAUCUGACAAUGGCGAAGAUCUCCAUCUGUUCUGGCAUCGCAACGCCUCGGAUGCUAACAUCACCUGCCUGGUGAGCAAUCUGGUGGAUCAGAAGAACAUUUCCGUCAACCUCCUCAGCCUCUGCCCAGCUGAAGGUAAGGGACCCCUUGCCCGUUUCCCCAUUUCCUCCAUUGGCCUUUCUUUAUUGAAUGCAUUUGUGGACGAGGUUGAAUGGAAAUUCACCCCCACAGGGGGUCAGCCCCUCCUGGUUGCUGAGUUUGCCCAGGGGGAGCUGAGGAGACCACAUCCAAACGACAGUUUUGGACCACGGGUAGAAAUGGUUGAGGGGACCACGCUGAAGAUGAAAGACCUGACGAUGGCGGACUCUGGAGUGAUGGACGUCCGUGUGAGGUUUGCUUCCUCAGCGAUUGUGGAGUACUCCUUCAACCUCGUGGUCCACGAGCCCGUGCCGCCACCACAAAUAAAUCACCAGAUCAUUUCCAGCUCCGCCAAUCAAUGUAACGUGACGCUGCAUUGUCGGACGUCUGGAAUGUCAGAUUUGCAUUUUUCCUGGGAAAACGGAAACCCACUCAGGACCUCAGAAGCUUUAGACUGGUAUCGCCUCACCAACGGCGACAAGGACCUUCACCUGUCAUGGCGGCCAAACACGUCAAAUUCCACUUUCACCUGCCUGGUCAGCAAUUCAGUUGAUCAGAAGAACAUCUCGUUUGAUGUCUUCAACAUCUGUCAGGAUGAAGCUCGAGAUGAAUGUAGCUGCUUCUCCUGGGUGAGGACCACCAUGGUCGUGGGGCUGGCCCUCCAGGUUGCCACCAUCAUCUUGCUGAACGUUCUGGAAAGGAAAGCAGAGGAGAUGCGCAAAGAGCUUUCCUCUGAGAGCAUCGUGGUGGCGGCUGAAUCUGCCCCGGAUGCUGGGCGCGAGCAACCGCCGCUCGAACGGGCUGAAGCAGCCCGUCCAUGUGGCUGCUCGCGCCUGGCAGCACUGCGAGUUGCCGUGCGAGCAGCCGCCGCACGGACAGGCUGCUUGCACCCAGCAGCUACGGACAGCUCUCAGUAG